AUUAAUAUGAGAUUAAGUACCAAAAAACCAUAUAAACACCCAUGAGAACAUCAAUAACAAACUUGCUUGUAGUCGUGAAGAAUGGAAAAUAUACAUUGGGAUACAAAAUGGUCUUCAAGACCUUGAGGAACUCUAAAGAUUGUGGGGUAAAGCUUUGCUCAUUGCUCACUGCACUGCACGCUGCUCACUGCUCUGCUUCACAGAAUACUCAUAAUGGCCAUGGCCAGCAACGACCUCUUUUCUUCUUUGAUUUCAGACAUCAAGUCAUACUCUGGCAAAGACCCUCUACUUCCAUGGCUCCGAGGGAUUCGAAAACUGAAAGACUCCUUGCCUUCUCACGUUUUGAACGACAAGCUUCCUCGAUUCUUGCAGAAGUGCACCGAGAAAUUCGAGUCCGAUCGCCGUUAUAGGGACGAUUUGCGGUAUCUUCGCGUUUGGUUGCAGUUGAUGGAUUAUGUGGAUGAUCCAAGAGCGUUGCUGAGAACCAUGGAAGAAAAACAGAUUGGGACGAAAUCUUCUUUGUUCUACCAAGCAUACGCCUUGUACUACGAAAAACUUAAGAAGUUUGACGAUGCUGAUAAAAUGUAUCACUUAGGAGUGCAGAAGCUUGCUCAACCUAUUGAUGAAUUACAAAGGUCAUAUCAGCAGUUUCUUCAUCGCAUGAAAAGACACAAUUACAAGAGAGUCCAGCAUCAGCAUGGAAGAACUUCUAGGAGGCAUCUGUCUGACAAAAGCAUUUCUAAUCAAGAUGAUGCUGAGAAGAACAUUAAGGUUCAAGAGGGAGAAAUUUUUGAAAAUGGACCUCUAGCUGCAACAUUAAGUGAUACAAGAAGUGAGACUGAGAAGUUGCCUCAAGAUUCUGGAGGGAGGGAAACAGAUGAAUCAAGGAUGGUUAAGAGCGAUGAUACAAUUGUUGUGAGAUUUGUAGAUAGGGCUAUUUAUGGGAAAUCUGUUGCAGAAGAUGCUUGUCACCAUGGUUUGGUGGAACCAACCGUCAAUAUGAAAGAGGCAAUGAAUACAAUAAACAGUAUGUUUUCUGAACCAAUAGAGAUGCCUCCUAUUGGUAGGAGAUCAUGUGGAAGCCAUUCCAAAAAAGAUUGCAACUUAAAUGGUGGGUUUGAGGUGUUUGUUGAUGAGAAACAUGAUAAGGAAAUUGAAUUAGAAAAGCAGAAGGGAUGCACAAUUCCACAACAUGGUAGUAUAAGCGAACCUGGCAAGCUAGAACAGCCGCAUUUGAUGAUUUUUGUGGAUGAUGAAUCAGGUGGUGAAAUUGGUAACACAAGUAUUGAAAAGGUCGGAUUGAAAUUGAGCAAAUCACGAGAUGUCGUAGGAGGUUCUACGACAUCUGCUUCACGUUCAAAAGCAUUUGUGUUUCCUUGUGUGGACAAUCUUGAAAAUAUGGAUGACGAUUCUGAUGCACAAGAUCCUAUGCAAGCCAAGUUUAGAGAAGAUACAAUUGUGUGUAGGUUUGUUGGUACUGCAAUUUCAAAUGAGCCAGAGGUGGAAAACAUUUGUCACCAUGGUUUGGUAGAACCAACUGUUAACCUGAAGGAAGCGAUGGAUGAUAUCAACAACAUGUUUGGAAAGCCCAUUGAAUUUGUUAGAACUAGGAGAUCCAAAAAGCAUGAAAAGCCACCAGAGGUGCAAAAUAAUUUUGGUGGGUUCUCAAUACUUCCUGAUGAUGAAUUAUUGGAGCCUGCACAGGCUCAGAAAUCAAGAGACUGCGAUUUGUUUGAGCCAACAGUAUUUACUAAAGAGGCCAUGGAUGAUAUUAACAAAAUGUUUGGCAUGCCUCUUGAUUUUUAGUUACCAUGGGCUUUUGUUUCUGCUUGGAAUGUCAGUUUCCGACUGAGUUGUGUUUCUGAUGUGUACUGUUUUUUUUAAUGUGUAGAUUUUGAUUUGGUGGACAUAACUUGUGUAUUAUAAAAUCUUCAAGUUUGGAGUGA